AUGUGUUUAAACAAAGUUCGUCCAACACCAAACGAACAUAGAGACAACUGUUCUGCCUACAGUUUUUGGACUCCCUCAGAAUGUUCUAAUGGAGAAUCCCAAUUAAUCCAACUUCUUUUGUGUGCCACAAAUUCAUUUUCUGCCCCAUGGCAAAAGAGAAUAUGUCCAUUAGGUUCCCAUUACACGUUAGCAGCUAAUAAAGAAAGUAUACAAUUGAGAACAACACAUUCCUCUUUUUGGGGACAACAACAGCAACAACAAAAGGUGUGAAAGGCGGAAUAUUAAAAAAAUAUGUUUUGGGGAAAUUAGAAAAUAGUUUCAUAUCAAAAAUUAUCUUAAUAAAAUCUAAGAAAUAAAAUUGUUUAAUGGGAAAAUAUGGUUGUCCUAGGUUAUAAUUAGUAUUAAGGACAGCUAGGUAUUGUACUG